AUGAACCACAUUUUAAGAAGCUGUCCAAGGGCCAUAGAGGUGUGGAAGGAAAAAAAGAUACCCAUUAACAAUGGAAUUAUAUUCAACGAGUGGCUUAAAGAGAACAUCACUAAAGUUCAUAACAGCUCAUCAUCUUUAAACCCUUCUAAUGUGGACUUCAUCUUCCUAAUAUGGGGUCUCUGGCUAAGGCGAAAUGCCUGGGUUUUCUCCAAGAAGAAUGUUUCUUCUUCCAUCUCCAUUAAAAAGUCUCAUUGGGCCGCCACCGAAUGGUUCUACUCUACGAACCAACCUAAGGUGGGUAAAGCUCCCAAUUCUAACCUUAAUUCUAACCCCAACUCGUUUCAUCCUUACCCCACUUCCAAUGAUCUGAACCCCACUCUUAGAUGGUCCCCUCCCCCGGCAUCGGCUCUAAAAAUAAAUGUGGAUAGCUCCUUCAUUUUGUUAUCAAAAAAAUCUGGCUUAGUUGCAAUAUGUCGAGAUUCAUUAGGUAGAUGGCAAGGUGGGAUAUGGAGGAACACCUACUGCUCUAAUGCCCUGGAGGCAGAAAUUAGGGGCAUUCUCAUGGCGGUUAACUGGGUGAUAAAUAAGGACUGGCGGCAUUGCAUAAUUGCAUCUGAUUGCAAAAAUGCGGUAGAGGAAGUGCACAAUAACAGUGGAGCUAAAAGUGUGUUGUUUGAUGAUAUUCAUAUCUGCAGGGUGUUGCUCCAAAGAAACGCCGGAAUAGAAUUGAAGCAUGAAGGAAGGAGUGCUAACAAGGCCGCGGAUGCACUAGCUAAAUAUGCGCAAGGGAGGUUCACAGGCCACAAUGUUUUGCAAGAACUAAGUUCCCCUCCCCCGGUUUGUAUUAAUUUCUUAGAAGAAGACAUUCGUAAUUGUAAUAUGGAAGCCAAUGAUGAUGAUCAUGGCUAA